AACCGUUCUGCUGUACCGUGAUACUUUUUUGAUUUUAACUUCUUAUCAAACUCGUGAAAUGUUAAACUAUUUGGUGAAAUGAAAACUCAGUCCAAUUAAAUGCCCUCUUUUCCCACCUGUCGUCUGCUGUGGAUGUGAAAAACAGCGAAAUGUCAACAUAACCGUAGCCUAGCCAUAUGCCUUCUCUGUUGUUAUUACGAGGGAAAAGACAUUGAAGAAAAAUUUUAAUCGCUGCAAUCUACUCUUAAAGUUAUAUUUAUAGUUAAAAAUAACUUUGUUGCGCUGUAUAUGUACAUCCACACUACAACCAGAGCUUAUCACUCAACACUCCAUUCAGUAGUUGGAAUGAGUUGAGUCAUAUGUAUCUGGGACAGAAUCUGACAAAUAUUAUGUCUUGGGUUGUUUUCUGACUACCAAGUGCAUCCUGGAGCUCUGCUAGUUCAGCAGUUACAAGUGAAGAUUGAACGUAUGAGCUUGUAGUACUUGAUUCUCUGCGUCAAAGCCAUGGCAGAAUUUGUCCCAGGAUCAGCCUCUUUGCCAUCUUCAGAUGUUGAGCUUACCAUAUCUUGCAGAAACCUUUUAGAUUGUGAUGUGUUUUCAAAAUCUGAUCCGCUAUGCGUCGUCAAAAUGAAGUCAGCAGAGAUUCCUCAAUGGCGAGAAGUUUUUAGAACUGAGAAGAUAACAAAUUCUUUAAACCCUGAUUUUGUCAAAAAGAUGCAAAUUCAGUAUCGCUUUGAGGAACAACAAAUAUUACGCUUUGAAGUGUAUGAUAUUGACACCAAAAAUCCAAAUUUAGAAGAACAAGACUUUCUUGGUUAUUGUGCAACAACACUGGGUCAGGUUGUCUCUUCUGGAAAAAUUACUAUGCCCCUCACAGGAAUGCCUCUCAACAAGGGUGUUUUGAUUGUUAGUGCUGAGGAACUGGCCGUCUGUGUGGAUGAAAUUACUCUGAAAUUUGUUGGGAAGUCACUUGAUCGGAAGGAUUGGUUAGGAAAAUCGGAUCCAUUUCUAGAAUUUGCCAAGGUAGCAGAAACUGGAGAUUAUUCUGUGGUUCACCGUACAGAAGUAAUAAAAUUUACAUUAAAUCCAGAAUGGAGACCGUUUACCAUAACUGCUAGGACGCUGUGCGGUGGAGAUGCUGAUCGUAGUAUUCGUGUCACAUGUUAUGACUGGAAUAGGUCAGGAAACCACAGUCUGAUUGGUCAUUUCUACACAACACUCAAGCAAUUAAGUGAGGGACCAAGCCCAGAUAAUAUUUACAGAGUGAUAAACCCAAACAAACAGCAAAAAAAGGCUGGAACAUAUACACAUUCAGGAGAAAUUUCUUUAACUCAUUUUGAAAAAAGAAAACUUUAUACCUUCUUGGACUACAUUAUGAGUGGUACUCAACUUAACUGCACUGUUGCUAUUGAUUUCACAGCAUCAAAUGGAGAUCCCAACUCACCAACAUCACUUCAUUACACCGGGUCAUCAGAGCCCAAUCAGUAUGAGCAAGCUCUCACUGCUGUGGGUGAAAUAAUUCAAGACUAUGACAGUGACAAACUCUUUCCUGUGUUGGGAUUUGGGGCAAGGAUCCCUCCUCAUGGUCAGGUGUCACAUGAGUUCUUUGUCAAUAUGCACCCCAGUUAUCCGUACUGUGAAGGAAUUUCAGGUGUACUUGAAGCCUACAAGAAAUGCAUCCGUCAAAUACAGCUCUAUGGUCCCACCAACUUUGCACCAGUAAUUAAUCAUGUUGGGAAAUUUGCUGAGGCCUAUCAAGAUGGGUCUCAAUACUUUAUCUUGCUCAUAAUCACUGAUGGUGUGAUUACUGAUAUGCCACAAACUAAGCAGGCUAUUAUCCGCACUUCAAAUCUUCCACUCUCAAUUAUAAUAGUGGGAGUGGGCAAUGCUGAUUUUUCUGCAAUGAAUGAACUGGAUGCAGACACUGUUCCAUUGAUUAUGGAUGGUAUCAGAGCUGCAAGAGAUAUUGUUCAAUUCGUACCAUUCAACAACUUUCAAAGAUUAGCUGACAAAGCAUUAGCAAAGUCAUACCUUGCUCGAGAGGUUUUAGCAGAGAUUCCAGAUCAGGUGGUUGGAUAUAUGAGAAGUAAAAAUAUUAUUCCUCUCCGUGAAAGGCCUGAAAGUCCCCCUCCUUACUCAGAACGUGACAGAAGUGACAGUUACACAGGCUCCUGGGGCUUUAUGUAAACAUUCUGUGAAGUAAAAAUGCUGCACGUUAUGUUGUACAGAAUUUUCUAGGGAUCGCUCCAUAAAUAAAUGACCAUCAUGUGUAUAUGUUUCUGUACCUGCCAAAGUUGCACAUUUAGAUGCACGUUUAUUAUGAUUGGUCAACUUUCAUGCUCCUUGAUUUACUCUUGACAUUGCUCAAUUUUUUUAGAGUCGUCAUUUGUGAUGUUAGCUACUAUUAUGUAUGAGUCUUCUCUAAGACGCACACUGUUAACACAUUUCGCCAAUGGAAAAAAAUUGCCAAAAAUACAUUAUAUUCUCUUCUGCCAUAUGAUUAUAUAAUGCUUAAGGCUGUGUUUUUGAUUUUACUUAAAUGUUUUAGUUUUCAUAUGCUGAUGUACCUGAGUUGAUCAUUUUAUACUUAUCUCUUCUUGUAGCUUUGUGUAUUUCUUGAUAUUGUAUGACGUGUGACUUUGUAAGAACUUUGUUUUGUUCACUACCUAUUUUAUAAAUUAAGUUGCUGUGGAUUUCUAAAAAGUCAACUGGUAACUCACCAUUCAUAAAAUAAAUUUUAAAUAUGAAUA